CUCCGGGGGUCUGUAGCAGUGAUAAUGAAGCGCGUAGUUAACAGAUAUUAGCUCAUUGGCAGUGGAUUCGUCAGACGGAGCCAAGGCUUAUGGUGAUUAUUUACCCGUAGAGGAGGGGCCACAGGAUCAGUCUGCUCUGUGUCAGCAGCCGCAGGCUUAUUUGAAGCCACACAGUCACUGUUCCUUUGCAAUGCACUUCUCUUCUUCUUGUUUUUUUUUCUUCUUAUCAUUCUGUCUGAGCACCUCUCACUCCACAUGUCUCCCUACUCGCUGCGCUCCCAAUUCUUUUUCUUCUCUUUCCGUCAUUAGACACCCGCAAUACAUAUCUGCGCUCUCUCCCUUUCCCUUCCUUUCGCUAUCUCUCUUUACCGCCCCCAUUUACCCAAUGGUAAUUAUGGAAAAAUCUGUAAUAGUGCUCAGAGGAGCUGAUAAUACCUUUAGCUUAAUUAAAGACAUUUAUGGGAUGUAAAGACAUGUAGCCUAGAGGUUACUGUGCACCCACACUAACCCAAACUCUUUAUUCUUGGCUUUUUCAUCUCCCUCAAUCCCUCGUAUUCUGCUAUUCUUAUCGUUUUCUCUGUUUCACACACACACACACACACACGUUGUGAUGCACACCAGUACAGGCUCAUUCCUGUCAACCUACUUGAUCUUAAGGUCAGACGUUCUGCAAUUAAUUCCUCAGACAUUCAGUUCUGAAGUGUUUCGAAACGUUGUAGACCCUGCAUUGUUGAGUACGGCUUCAUGUGUGGGUUCACGUUAAUGCCAGGACAUGUGGUUUAUCAGCUUUGAACACACAUGAUGGCAAUAAUGACAGUCUUUUCCUGUUGAUUAUCCCAGUGUCGGCCACAUCCUGUUGAGUUGAGAUGCGCAGCGUUAACACGUCAGUCAGGGACACCAGUAAUAUUGCAGAAAAAGGGAUAAAUUCAUGGUGCAUACUUAGAAGGUCACCGUGUUCAAAAGCUGGUGCAGUGAGGACGCUUUUUUUUCCUCAUCUUUCAAUUGGUGAUGGAUUCUGUAUUUCUCGCCAUUAUUCUUGUUUCUACCUCUGAGGUUUAUUCCUCUCACGCUGGGAUCACAGACUGGGAAGAUGCCAUGGUGGUGAGAGAAGGUGUACCCACGACCUUGGUCUGCACUGAUACGUCAGUGAGCGGUGCCGUGGCCAUUAACUGGAGGGUGAAGUCACUUGGUGUGGAUGAAUGGAAACUGGUUCUAUCAGCCAGCGAAAACAAGAAGUUCUCUGGUGGUGCCUCAAAGGCUUCCAUGAAAUUGAUUGACCCUAACUUUCAACACACGGGGGUUUUCUCCUUGUUUCUUCUUCCCACGACAAAGGACAGCGGCCUCUAUUCAUGCUUGAUAAAGCAACGAGAGAGGAAAGAAAAGGAGAAGAUUAUCCUGUUGGCCGUGCUUAAAGUCACUGUUGCCCCCGCUGCACCCAUCCCUCAACUUAGCACUCUGCGGCUGACUGCCAGGGUUAAUCCUAGCUAUGCCAUCACCAAGAUCACCUGGGCAACCCCCAGAGGCAUUUCAAUGAAGAGCGUGAAAACACAAAAUACAGACACAGUGGCCAAAGUGCCACUGGUCAAACUCGGUGAAGGCGGGGACUACGUGUGUACGGUGCGCCUCUGGGGUAACACCAGCAACACGGCUUUUGUCUUCAACGUGAACGUGAUUAUUGAUGAAAACAAUCUGGCCAAAUUAUCCAACAUAACAUAUGAGACGGAGAUCUCCACCGCCACCCAGGCUCAGACACCGUUUCUCCUGACCUGUCCUGGUGUCCGGGGCGACUACGUCCGGCUGUACUGGCAACGUUCGGACAAGAGUGGUUUUGUGCUGGUGUACAAGAACGACAGCUGGGGGGGUUCUACCUCUUUUGCAAAGCCUGACAAGAGACUCCAGCUCGCGGGUCCACCCUACGAUGCAGAGUCUGGGAGCUUCGCCUUCCUUCUCAUCCCUGAGUUAAAAGACAGCGGCCGCUACUCAUGUGAAGUGUUCCUCGAUGACGUUGUCUCCAGCCGCAUUACCAUGCUCAGCGUGCUGAAAGUUAAAACCCGCCAAUCCUCCUCCAAGCUGGAAUUGGUGUGCCUCUACUCAGAGCCGCCCCAGGUCAAAAGAGCCAAUUGGAAAUACCAGAACAAGAGUCGUCAGCUGUCCUUGAUCGGCAACAGCCCCGGCAGCAUCAUUCUGCCUUUACCCAUCACCUCCGACACUGCCGGGAACUACACCUGCACCAUACAGCUGGAGAAUGGGCAGACUGCCUUUGCAACGCAAGUGGUCCAAAUGCCCCAUGAACCUGGGAGGGAUGUCGAGGGUGUCAGUGUGACCACCCCCUCCCUGCUCCCUUCUCUCUCUGCUUUAUUACUCCUGGUGCCCCUGGUUGCAGCAGCUGUCUUUGUGUUGCUAUGGAGACAGAAAAGGAUUUCUGAUCGCGGUAUUGAGCAGUCUCUGUCUGUCUACUCGCGUGAAGUUGAGAACGUCUAUGAGAAUCCUGACGAUAUCAGACAGGCUCCUCCCCAGGGCUCAGUCUACAUGGAUUUGAAGCCAAGAGGAGAAGAUGAUGUCUAUAAGGAACUGGAGCGAUACUAACAGUGUCAGAGCUGAUCACCUACCGGCAUCUCAUCCACCUCCAGCUGUCACAUCCGCUCAGGUCCCAGUCGCAGCUGAAGGCCUUUAUAAACAAAAGUAACAACUGAAUGUCAGAGUU